CUCGCUUCCUCACCUCAGCUACUUCUAGCUGGUAGUGGUACGGACGGGUCGGGUCAGCUCGUUCAUGUCGCCGGCAGCGGCGGCGGUGGUGGUGGUUGAGUAGAGCCGACUGGCGGCGGGGAUGGAGGGGGGGAAGGGGUUUGCGGCGGUGCUGUGGUUGGCGUUGCUGCUGGCGUGCCGUGGCGCGUGCGGGCUCAACGCGGACGGGGUGCUGCUGCUGUCGUUCAAGUACGCGGUCACCGCCGACCCGCUCGGCGCGCUCGCCGGGUGGAGCUACGCCGACGAGUCGCCGUGCGGGUGGAACGGGGUCGUGUGCAACGGCUUCCCGCAGGCGGACGCGGCGGCGGCGUGGGUGGCGCCAGUCAAUGUGACGGCGGCGUCGGAGGGUGGUAACUCCAGCGCUGUCCCCGUGCUGGGGCGGCCGUCGUCGAACGGCACGGCCGGGCUCGGCGUCAACGCGUCGCUGGCCGCGGCGGCGACGGUGUCGCGGGUGAUUAGUCUUGUGCUGCCCAACGCGCAGCUGUCGGGCUCGCUGCCGGCUGACCUUGGCCGCGUCGAGCACCUCCGCCACCUCGACCUCUCCGGGAACAGCCUCAACGGCAGCUUGCCGGCGACGCUGCUCAACGCGACUGAGCUUCGGGUUCUCUCGCUCGCGGGCAAUGCCAUCUCCGGCGUGCUCCCCGACGGCGGGGCCGUGUACUCGCGCAGCCUCCAGGAGCUCAACCUCUCCCACAAUGCGCUCGCCGGGCGCCUCCCCGCCUCUCUCUGCAGGCUGCCGAGCCUCGCCGUGCUGGGGCUCGCCAACAACUACCUCGCUGGCGUGCUCCCCAUCGGCGGGCUCGCCGCCUUGGAGGUCGUCGACUUGAGCGCCAACUAUUUCAAUGGCUCCCUCCCGUCGGACUUUGGCGGGAGCCGGCUGCGGUUCUUGAAUGUCUCGUCGAACAAGCUCACCGGCGCUCUACCGACCGAGCUCUCCGCCGUUGUACCGGCGAACUCCACGGUCGAUUUGUCCCACAACAACUUCACCGGCACGGUGCCGCAGGCCGGGCCGUUCGCAGUCCAGCCGGCGGCGGCGUACGAGGGCAACCCGGAGCUGUGCGGGCCGCCGCUGAAGAAGAUGUGCUCGAUCCCGUCGUCGCUGUCGAACCCGCCGAACGCGACCGACUCGCCGCCGGCGUUCGCGGCCAUACCCAAGAACCCCUCCCGCCCCUCGCCGGGAGCCCAGGCGCAGGCGCCGCGCGGCCAGGAGAAGCUCCGCCCGGCGGCGAUUCUCGCCAUCGUCGCCGGCGACCUCGCCGGCGUCGGGCUCCUCUUCAUGCUGUUCUUGUACAUUUACCACCUCAGGAAGAAGAGGCGGCAGCGCCGGGCGCAGGAUUCGCCGCUGCAGCACAAGAGCAACGGAGCAGUCGGCGGCGGUGUGAAGACACUGGACAUCGCCGGAGGCAAGGAAGAGAAGGCGUCCACAUCCGCAGGGUGCUGCAUUGGCCGCAAGAACGACAGCUCGGACAGCUCCGACUGCUCGGUGUCGUCGGAGGCGGAGUCCUCCGACGACGAGGAGGACCUCAAGAAGCGCGGCGGGAGCUUCAUCGGCCGGAGCACCCCUCAGCACCACAGCAAGAAGCACGACCAGCCCCAGGCGGCCCCCGCGCCGGCGACCCUGGUCACGGUGGACGGCGACGGCGAGCUCGAGAUGGAGACGCUGCUCAAGGCGUCGGCCUACAUCCUCGGCGCCACCGGGUCGAGCAUCGUGUACAAGGCCGUGCUCGCCGACGGCACCGCGCUCGCCGUCAGGCGCAUCGGCGAGAGCGGCGGCGUCGACAAGCUCAAGGACUUCGAGGCGCAGGUCCGCGCCGUCGCGCGCUUCCGCCACCCAAACAUCCUCCGGCUCCGGGGGUUCUACUGGGGCGCCGACGAGAAGCUCCUCAUCCACGACUACGCCACCAAUGGCAGCCUCGCCAACAUCGCAUUCAGCAGGCGGUUCGGGUCGUCGUCGCCGCUGCAUCUGAGCUUCGAGGCGCGGCUGCGGAUCGCGCGCGGCGUGGCGCGCGGGCUGGCGUUCAUCCACGAGAAGAAGGGCGUGCACGGCAACGUGAAGCCGAGCAACAUCCUGCUCGGCGCAGACAUGGAGCCGUGGAUCGGCGACUUCGGGCUGGACCGGCUGCUCUCCGGCGAGGCCGUGCACCGGAGCACGGGCGCGUCGGCAAGGCUGUUCGGGAGCAAGCGGUCGAUGCACUCGACGAGCAGCCUGCCGGACCUGUCCCAGAUGCCCGGCGCCGGCGCCAGCCCGUGCUCCUCGUCGGCAGCGACGUCGGCGGCGGCGGCCUCGGCGCCGCCGCCGUACCAGGCGCCGGAGUGCCUCAAGAACCUCCGGCCCAACGCCAAGUGGGACGUCUACUCGUUCGGCAUGGUGCUCCUGGAGCUCCUCUCCGGGAGGGUCUACUCGGAGGUGGAGCUCUGCCAGUGGCACGCUGGGUUCGUCGUCGAGGAGCGGAGCCGGCUGCUGCGCAUGGCCGACCCGACGCUCCGCGGCGAGGCCGACGGCAAGGAGGACGCCCUGCUCGCCAGCUUCAAGCUCGCCUUCGCCUGCUGCGCCAUGGCGCCCAGCAAGAGGCCCGCCAUGAGGGACGCCGUGAUGGUCCUCGACAGAAUACCUUCUUCGUCUCCAUCUGCUCCAACCACCACCGGCGCUGCCAUUCCUUGAUUGACAACAGCAGCAGUGAAUGCCACUGACGACAAUAAUCAAGAACGAAUCGAGAAUGGAUGGUCCAAAACAACAACCCCAGAAGAAAAAAAAAAAACCAAGAACGACGACGAGAUCAUUGUGUGCUAGAGUGUGUAGAUUUUGUGUCCACUAAUUUUGAUCCUGUGAUUAACCUCGCGAGAAAAAAAAAGAACCCUAGCUGAUGAUGGAGUGCUGAUCUAGUAGUGAUCUGUAAUCUGUUGCUCUGAUUGUAAUGUGAUUGUUACAACCUUCCAUUUGCA